CGGACGACACGGAGAGGUCUCUUCUCGCGUGACAACAUGCUCCGGCCAUCGCUCUUCACACAGUGAUGGGCGACGCCCCCCCAAGAAAGAGGGGCUCAGCACAGUACGCCUCGAUAGCUCAUCGCUUUUGGCGUGCGCAAUAGCUUUGGGGGGUUGUCACUGCCCCUACCCGCCAGCAGUCUUCAUUUAAACGCAGGCCUGUCUCAUCCCCUCCCCCUCCUCUCGCUUCCUUCUCUUUCAUCAUUCAUCGUUUUCAUCCAUCAAUCAAUCCAUUCCACCGUCACCGUUCCAUCUCCAUCUCCCUUCCACGCUUACUCCUCCUUCCAUUUCUACCACUGCAUCUUUGCGUCUGCUUCAUUGAGUCACUUCUCACGCUAUAACACUGCACCCUCUCUCUCUCUCAACACUCAUUGAGAGAAUCAGCUAUAUCAUCACAAUUGUACCGUCUCUAUAAUUGAGAGGGUUAUCUGAAAGUCACCGACACCGUCUAUUGUCCAAUUCUUCACCACAAGCUUCCUCAACCCAAAAUGACUCGCUCCCACAAGGCCAACGACCGUGACCACAAGGGCAUCGCUGAAGGCACUGCCGCUCCUCAGGAAUAUCUUCCCCGCUUCUUUGCAAAGAGCGGCUACGUCGACGCAGACCCCAAGAAAAUCAAGAAGGACGGUGGUGGCCGUGGCAACUGGGGAAGCAUGGAAGAUGACAUCAUGGAUGAAGAUUUUACCUUCACCAAUCCUCGUCGCCGCUCCAACAGCAGCAGCUUUUCUCACAAUGCCAGAACUUUCAAGACCAAAUGGGAGAUCAAUGAUCCUGAACCAGUCUUUGAUGAGUCCGUUCACGGACCCUUGGCAGAAGAGGAUGAGGAGAAUGGUGAUGACCUCACCAAGACUGACUCCUCUGAGAGUGGCCGAUCCACCUCCUAGAUGAGGUUGCCACGCCGCCUUGACUCCCUGCUUCCUUGCCACAUCCUUGAGUUAUAUUUAUACUACACUCGCUAUCACCGCCAUGGUGAUUAUCACUAAACCGUAGGUGUCUACGCUGGCGCUGUGGACAUCUACUAUGAAAAACUACACACUAUUUACCUCGAGGUUAAGCUUAUGAUUAUGAUUUCUACCAUGUAGCUUCCUCGAUUGGUUGCAACAACAACUACACAACUCAAGGGCUUGGGACAGCAGUCAAUAAAGGCCAGGAAUCUGCACCUCGGUGGGCAUGGGUUGAGCGGCCAGGGGCCGACUCAACAGUGGCUAGCUGGGCUGCCAGAUGUACUAUUGUAUCACCAGUUUCAUGUUUUUAUUAUGAAGUGAGCUCCAUGCUCAGAAUACAACCAACAAAUUUGAUGACCAAUGAAGCGUACUAAGUUGGUGUUGUGAUGCUUGCGAGAUUGUACACUGCUACCCUGGAUCGACUAUCUGGAAUGGCGCUCACUCUAGAUCGAUCCACGUUGACCACGUUCACGUUAUAAUUAGCUAUAAAAAGUAGAUUUCAUGCAAAGGCGAAAUGAUAUUCCUGUUCCGUUGUUUUAGGCGACUAAAUGGUUGACAAUAUGGCGGGGAAGUGCUGCGGCUGAACAACACUUGUCAGCACUACCCAAAAGGUGAGGCUGAAGCACAGCCAUCGCCAACACAAUGAGUCGCUCCCAUAAGCACUUGUGCAUUGCGACAGAUUCUAGCAGAAGAAGCGUAAUUUAGAGCCAGAGACUUGUCCAGCGCAUGUCUCUUGGUAGCGACGAUAAAAUCGUUAAUUUAACUCUCUCAGAGCAGGCCUCAUUGGCAAUACGGUGUCAUUAUUUUCUAGGCGUUUGACCAGACGUCCAUCAGUACGAUGCGACCGCCGCCACCUCGUGGGACAGACGCAGGCACAACGGCAGAGGUGGUUGCGCCUGCAGAUUGCCCAAGGAGUGGAUCGCGCCAGGAGCAGCGAAUGAGAUGGUGAUGGGCCACAACGUGUCUUUAGGCAUGGCGGUAGACACUAACGUGGGAAAUAACGCAAACUGUGGUUGUGAUGCAUAGGCAUUACUGUCCAAGUGCAGAGCAGAAAAUGAAAGAAAAUAGCAACUUGGGCACUCUCAGC